AAUUUUAGUGUGACCAUCAGCAGGAAGUUGUUUUAUUUAUUAUGUUUUUGACAAUUUCUCUCUAAAUUUUAAAUGUUACAGAUCACAGCUUUGAUUUUCAUCUUGAUCUUGCAAUGCUUUUUAGCCGCAUCAAAAAACUUAUCAUUUUGUAAAUAUGAGGAGUUAACAGACAGGAAGGGGUCAAUAGACAUUCCAUUCAUUCGACCUGCAGUCUAUUGUCAUCAAUGGUCUAUACAACCAAAUGCAUGGGAGGUAAUCACUGUCAGCUUUAGUCGAAUUAACAUAGGUCAAAGGUCAUCUGAUGGUACAUGUGGAAGUAACUACUUAACGAUUGAUGGACAAAAGCUCUGUGGAAGACAAACACCUUAUGUGUACAUACAUGUAUCUGAUAUAUAUGAUACUAGAGUAUUGAUAAAUUAUUACCAGAAUACAUCUGUAGCUGAUGUAGGAUUUUCUGCAAAGUAUACAAGAGGUGACAUGUCCUCAGUAUGUUUGGAAGAUGAAUAUAAAUGUUCCAAUGGAAAAUGUAUCUAUGAAAGCUGGAAGUGUAACGAUGCGGAUGAAUGUGGUGAUAAUAGUGAUGAGAUUGACUGCUUAACAAAAAAGACAACAAGUGCUCCUACAACAACAAAGCAACAACAAUGUGAUCCUGGUGAGAUAAGGUGCAGAUCUGUAAAUUGGUAUGAUACGGAGUAUAUAUGUGUAGAACCAAUGUAUCAGUGUGAUGGACGUAACAACUGUAGGUAUGGUGAGGAUGAAUCCAGCUGUGCAUACAAAACCACAACAAAAAAACCUGUGUGUGACAGAUCGCAGAUUUUAUGUCGUCCAAUCUAUAACCAUCAAAGAGAUGUAUGUUUAGACAGUAGCUUCAAAUGUGAUGGAAAAGUCAAUUGUUUAGGAGGGGAGGACGAAAACAGUGACUUGUGUGGUUAUACUACUGUCCAAGAUGGAGUUGGCUGUCAUGGAAAUGACAUUUUAUGUAGAUCAACUAGAACAUGGGGGACAGUUUGUUUGAAAGAGAAAUUUAUAUGUGAUGGAAAUAAAGACUGCUUCUAUGGGGAAGAUGAAGAGCAGGCUAUCUGCAGUCAAAAGAAUUGUAACAAAUAUAUUGAAGUAGAAAAUCAGGGAGGAUUCAUCACAUCACCAGGAUACCCGAACAGUUACCCUGACAGUAUUGAAUGUGUCUGGAAUCUUCACACUACAAAAAGAUGGGGGAUACAGAUACGCUUUAUAAGCUUUAAGUUACAAGAUACAGAAAACACCGACUAUCUGACAAUAUACGAUGGUUCAGAUAGCUCGUCAAGACUUAUUAAUACUUACUAUGGUCUGAAUACACCACCGUUAGUGAUUGAAUCAACAUCAAGUGAUUUAACAAUUGUUUUCUAUUCUGAUUCAUUUAUCAAAGAAAAAGGAUUUAAUUUUACAUAUCAAAACAAAGGAAAAUGUCUACCAGACCAGGUCCUUUGUGGAGGAGAAAAGGAUUGUUAUGACAGAAUCCAUGGUUGUAAUGGUAUUUGGGAUUGUCCAUUAUCUGGAUAUGAUGAAAAAAAUUGUGAAAGAUGUGGUGAACAGUAUACAUGUGGACCACACAUCAAUCAGUGUUAUGAGGCAAAACAGAGAUGUAAUGGUGUAGGACAUUGUACCAACAUGAUGGAUGAACUGUAUUGCUCUUCUGCACAAUGUGGACCCCACAAUGGAACGUUUUUGUGUGAUAACAGGAGAUGUAUAUAUGAGACAUGGAAGUGUGAUAAAACUAAUGAUUGUGGUGAUAACAGUGAUGAAUUUGAUUGUAGACAUACCAGUAACUUGAUAAAGAUAGCAGCUGUGUGUGGUGCUUUGAUUUGUGGACUACUUCUUGUUGUAGCUUUAGGGUGUACAUGUAAACUCUACAAUCUCAGAAUACAUGGUCACAGACAAAGGCAUGAAACACCUUUGUCAAGAUUGUAUUCAGAAUUCAUGAGAAGACGUGCUCCUCCUCCAUACCAUGAGGCCAUGCUAACAUCUCGGCCUUAUGAUGAAGUUAGACGAGACUACCUUGAACAUCUGCAGCAAACAGGAAGUAGACCACCAUCAAGGAGAGGAAGACGUACCCGUAACAGAAAUCAACUACAAACAGGAACAGGAAAUGCUGACGGAGAAUCUCAAAAUACAUCAGAUAAUGCUGAUAACAGGGAACCAGAGCAACAAGAUGGUCCUGCAGAAACGCAGAACUCUGUCAAUACAGAAAUUGAAAGACAAAAUUCAACUGCUUUACUUAUUCUUCCAGAAAGUAGUUCAGAUGAGUCCGAAAGUGACGAUAAUCAAAAUGAUUCUGUACAAGUGAGCAUCUCCGAGGAAAAUGUUGUUACAGCCUGUUACAGAAGAGGCAGCCAAAAUAAUAAAACAGAAUCCGACAGUGAAGAUGUCGGCCAAUCACAUUCUACCCUACCAGAUCCAGAUUGUCAAUCAGCUGAUGUCUGUAGUGUAGAUGCUACUACCAUAGCAUCAUGUGAUAGUAUAGACGAAGCUUCUGACAAGACUAUUGACAUUGUAGUUGAAACUCUUCCACGAAGACGUAAUAAUUCAGAAGGCUCUCUCAAUUCUAACGAAUCGGCAGACAAUAACAGUUAUGGUGAAUUUACAAUAGCUGAAAAUGUGAUCUGAUUAAAUGUCAAAUUCCAUACAGGAAAAAAUGUGAUAAAUUUUUUUAUAAAAAAUUUUUGUGACGUAUCUUUAAAAGAAAAGUUAUUUACAUUUUAAUACUAUACUUUUAUUGAUUAGUAUAUAUAAUUUAUUUGAAUUUUUGAAAAUUGUUUUUAUCUAGUAAGAAAAUUUGUUUUAGAGAAUUUUACCCUACUUCUGUUCAUCUAUAGAAUUUACUUUUUUUUUUUAAAUAUCGAUAACUUUUGAAAUUUUAAGUAUCAAAACUUUGAAGAAAAUGUAUUUAAGAUUGACAAAUAGCUAGAAUUAUAUAUAUAAAAAUGUGAUUUGCGUUUAUAUUCACAAAAAAAUUAUUGAAUAUAUUUGAUAUUGUAUAGUUAGAAGAAAUUGGGACAAUUAAACUGUUUUUUUUAUUUAUUUUAAAUUGUGUAUCGGAUAUAACAAAGUUCAAUCUCUGCAAAGAAAAAAAUAAAUUGCCUCAUCUGAAUACCAAUUUUCCAUUAUUAUUUUUUUUCUAAUUGCUCAAUAGAGACAAUUAGCUUAAUCACAUUUUUUUAGAUAACACAUUUUCAAUUGACAUGUAUAUGUUGGAAAAAAAACCAAUUUCAUGCAUUUACCAACAUAAGCAUAAUUUAGUAGCUACAGUGUAAGACAAUGCAGUGACCAUGGUAACAUUUUUAUGUAGACUUUGUCAUGCAUGUACAUGAAGAUUGUUCAUCAGGUCACAUGAGAUAGAUUAUGAUUUUUUUUAUUGUCAAUUGCAAGGCUAAAGAAAAGGUAAAAGUUUUAUUUUUCAAUAAAUAUCACAAGUCUGUGCAAGAGUACCGUUUCUUUCAUCAUUUCUUUUUUUUAUUGUGUAUGACCGUCUCAUUGAUAUGUUAUUCCAAACACUGUAUAUAACCACAACUUGUCCAUUCCAUUCAGUUGUUGAAUUCUAUUUUUACACUCUUGUAUAAUUUUAUAAUAUUUUCAAAGAUCUCAGAAUUUUUCUUUUAAAUGAGACGUUUUAGAAACAUUAUCCAUUUAUUGACAUAUUAGUUUAUAUAGCAAAUGCCAUAAUUUUCUAUUUACAUGUUGGAUAAAAUGCUUUAGGGCAAUUUGGAAAUUUUUGCUGUUUUCUUUCAGACAAAUUUAAAAAAAAUACCUCUUAAAUAUGAAAACUUUUGUAGGGGCUGAAAAUGCAAAUAAAUAAUGGUAUAAUGUUAAAACGAAAAUCGAUUGAAAAAAAAUGUCUAUAAAUAUCAGUUUCUAAAUAUUUGCACAUCAAAAACAUCUUCUCAUUAUCAUGAUGUAUUUGUUUGAAAUGUUUAAUUUCUUGUUACAGGCCAGACAUAGGUAUAUUCCCUUUGGAUGACAGUGUUAGUUUUUAUAUAAACUACUGGUAUAUAUUUCACAAAACCUAAACAGACAAUAUUUUAUUGUAAGAUGAUUGUGGCUAUUUAGUUAUUGUCAGAUAUACAUGUAUGUCAGAAACCCUUGACCUCAUUUACUUGUUUCAAUUACUAUUUGUGCAGUUUUUGAAGAAUACAAAAACAGAAAACCUACAGAAAUACUUGGUCUGUAGAUGUCUAAUUCUGGACCAUGUCAAUCAAAUAUGUUCUGUUACAUUUACAUGAUUAUUUAUGUGUAUGAUUAUAAAAACUGAAAAUUCUGCAUCCAAGUUUUCUAAUUAGGUCAGUUGUGAGAUGAAACAUGUACAUUGGAGUCUAACAUAUACUACCUGGCCUAAAUCUCAGUUUUACAGUUCAGUAAUUCACUUAUACAUGUAGUUUACAUCUUUCCUUGUCUGCUUCUAAGUAAGAGAAUUACACUUGGUCUUUAUUUUUGCUGUAAUCUAAAGUGAAUAUCAUGCUAUGAGAGAAUACCACCUGGUCUUGGCCUUAUUUUCACAGCUCAAUGAUUCCAUUCAAGGUAUGACAAUAACUUAUUGUUAAAUGAAUAAGCAUGACAGGUGUCACCUUACCUUGACCCUGGUUUCGCAGUUUCAUGAUUCACAUUCAAGUCUCAUGAUUAUGUAAUUUUCUUGUUUAACUGUUUGCAUGUUCUACAGCUACAAGGACAUAAGGGUUGUAAAAAUUACAAAUUAAUUUGCUGUUCCUGACUACUUAUACAGUAGAAUAUAUUGCUAAUCUAUUUAUUUUUAUUAUCAUAUAGCUUAUUUAUGGCUUUCCCUGUCAGCAGCAAAACUCAAACUGAAAACUACCUAGCAUCCUUGGGAAAGUUUUGAAGGGUCUAAAUCACUAAUUGUACAUUGACCAAAUAAGGAGUGCUCAAGAAGCCUAAGGGCAUGAAUGUACCGAUCAAGUGCUACACAUAUGCAUUUUAUGAUGUGGCUUGAAUAAACAACACUCUUAUACAUAGUAUAUAAGCUCCUAGCAGAAAUGAACUUACCUGUCCAAUAGCAAAUUAAAUUGUCUUUUUUUUUAUAAGCAUCAUUUAUACAGAAUUGUAUUGUAAUUCAUACAUGGCUACUUUACAGCAUAGACCUUUCUGUGUGUGCAAUCAUGACCAAUAUAUGUACAGUGUACAUUUCUCAUUAUGAAAGUGUUAAUAUAUCAUUAUUGAAUGAAAUUGUUAUCACUAUUUUAUUUUCAUUGAGAUUUUUGGAAUCAUAUUAAAGUACAGCUGCCAAUUAAGAGCCAUAAUAUGAAACAAUUGCAGCUUAUAGCUUUGUUACCAAUACAUAAUAUAUGAGUUUUAAAACUAGUUGUAAUUAUGAAGACAAAAUUUUAUUUACUUGUGAAAUCGAAAUGACAUACUGUAAGAAUAUAUACUUCAACAUA